AUGGAUUCCGAAAUGGACGAGCACGUGUUCGACCACAGGAAUUUGGCCCAUUGGUCGAAAUCGGUGGGCACCAAAAACGAGACCGGCCUGCCGUUGAACAUGCAGUUCAACGCCGGACACAGACUUUCCAUAAUCGUGUACAGUGUGCUGAUGGUGUUCUCGGCCGUCGCCAAUAUUACUGUGUUAGUGUUGUUGUUGAAGAGACGCAAGAAGAACCCCACCAGGAUCAACACCAUGCUGGUGCAUUUGUCUAUAGCCGAUCUUCUGGUUACAUUCCUCAUGAUGCCCAUGGAGAUCGCUUGGGCUUCGACGGUCCAAUGGCUGGCUGGAGACGCCAUGUGCAGGAUAAUGAUGUUCUUCAGGACAUUCGGUUUAUAUUUAUCCAGUUUCAUUCUCGUCUGCAUCAGCGUAGACAGAUUUUACGCUGUGCUGAAACCUCUCGACAUGGGCGGUCAAAGGGAGAAAAUCAUGGUUCUCGGGGCUUGGAUCGGGGCCAGCUUAUGCAGCGCUCCGCAGAUGGUUAUCUUCCACGUGGAGGUCCACCCGAACGUGACCUGGUACUAUCAGUGCGUCACCUACAACGUUUUGCCGUCGGAAGCGCACGAAUUGGCCUAUGUCAUAGGCGGUAUGCUGAUGAUGUACGCCAUACCUUUGCUCGUCAUCAUCUACUCCUACGCUUCGAUACUACUGGAGAUAUUCAGAAGAACCAGGAACCCGACUAACGCCGAUAGCGUGACUAGAUCGAGCUUGCCGUUUCUGGGCAAAGCGAAAAUACGGACUCUAAAGAUGACCAUUAUCAUAGUGUUUGUCUUCUUCAUUUGCUGGACACCCUACCAAGUCAUGAGCAUCUGGUAUUGGUACGACAGGGCGUCGGCGCUGGAGGUGGACGAGCGCAUCCAGAAGUUCCUGUUCCUGUUCGCCUGCACGAACUCCUGCAUGAACCCGCUGGUCUACGGCAUCUUCAACAUUCGGACGCGCCGCAGGAGCAAGUUCCAGUCGAUGAUGUCGGGCGAAGAGCCGAGCGUCCGGGGCCGCGGCGAGUUCGUGUGCUUCGUGUCGUGGAAGAAGCCCAACGCGACGGUGUCCCACCAUCGGGAGAUCUGCCUCAGCUGCGGCGAGACCUUCGAGAUUCCCUGCCAGAACGGCAAGUGA